CCCCGCCCCGUCACGCCUCGUCGGUCGUCAGCUCGUCAUCGCGCGGGUAGCUGCCGCCGCCGUCGACGGCUCGACGCCGCGUUCGCGAACGUUCCGGUCGCCUACAAAUAUCCGGCAUCCAAGGCCGGCGCGCCGACGAGGCCAACCGAACUCACUCGCAUCUGGAAGCGACCCGACCCGGUUUCCCCUUCCUCCACCAGCUGAUUCACGCGCUCGACGACGGGAAGCGUCUGUCUAGGAACAAGAUGGAAGAGAGCAGAAUAGCUCGAAUUUCAGUCACCUGGAGGGGCAGACAGCUUGAUGUGGAUGCAGAUCCAAGUUGUACUGUGAAAGAAUUUGGGCAACUGCUGCAGGAUUUGACCAGUGUUAAACCAGAGACAUUGAAGCUCAUUGUACCACAAUCUACUAGCAAAGGCUCCAAGUUAAUCACACCAUUUUCGGAUCCUCAUUCAAGCUUGUCACUGAAUGAAGCAGCUAUCAGCGAGGGAAAACCUAUCAGAAUGAUGGGUGUUUUUGAUGAUGAAAUCGAGGAAGUAUCUGACAAUGGAAAAAGGCCAGAUCUACGUAUAAUUGGAUUUGAUGAGGAAGAACAACGGCUUAGGCAACGAUCAUCAGGCAGGCCACAGAUAUCACUCAAACUUCCUCAGGGACAAUAUAUCUUCUGUGAUUUUCGUACACUUCACUUACCUGGGAUUGAGCUGAAUCCUCCACCUUCAGAAGCUCUGAAAAGGAUGCACAUGCUUGCAUGUGACCCUGGUAUAAUUGCGAUCAUGAACAAGCAUAAAUGGCGAGUUGGAAUCAUGACCGAAAUGGCUCCUGUCGGAUAUGUAGGCGUCAGUCCGAAAUGCAUUUUAGGCUUCAAUAAGAACAUGGGAGAGGAAAUAUCUCUUCGCCUACGAACUGAUGACUUGAAGGGAUUCAGGAAGUAUGAAAGUAUCAAGAAGACUCUACUUCAUGAACUUGCACAUAUGGUGCAUUCUGAGCACGAUGCAAACUUUUUUGCUCUUAAUAAGCAGUUGAAUGAGGAGGCUGCUUCCUUGGACUGGACCAAGUCUACAGGUCAUAUGUUGAGUGGUCGCAAAAUAUUUGAUUCUUAUGAAGAUGAAUUUGUUCUGGAACCAGGGAUAGCUGCUGCUGGUCACAGGCUCGGGGGAGAGUCAAGUUCGCUGGCUAGUGCUCGUGCAUUGUCAGGGGCUGCUGCUUAUCAACGUUUCUUGAAUGCAUCUGCAAAGGAGUAUCAUGUAUCAGGCACUGAAAUUAAAUAUAGUCCAGAUGUUGUUCCUCAAGAUUUUGUUCAGGAAACUGUGAAGGUAGAGCCAGAUCCAGAUGAUGCUAUGCAUGUUGAUUUAGCAAUUGUGACAUCAGGGUCUCUGGAUUCUAGGUUGUUGGCAGAACAGCAUACCAUUGGCUACUCUGAGCCUGAUCCUAAUGAUGUUGGCAAGCAAAGUUCUGUUGGUUGCCUAGAACCUGAUCCUGAUGACUCCUCAAAUGUUGAUAUUCUGAACCUGGAGCUGAGGUUUGAUGGAAGACAGCAUAGCGAACCUGAUCCUGAUGAUGGUACAAAUGAAUUUGUUCUGGAAUAUGGAAACAAGAUGGAAGUGGAUAGUGAACUGACAAACAACAUCACAGUUUUGAAGUCUGAACCUGACCCUGAUGAUUCCUCAAACGCCAUGUUGGUCAUUGAUGGGAAGCAGGGUGGAGAACCUGAUCCUGAUGAUACUACUUGUCUAGUUUCAAAAUCUGGAGAUGAGACGGAAGUUAUAACAGCUCAGCGUAGAAGCUCCGCAGUUUUGAAGUCAGAACCUGAUCCUAACAAUUGUAUUGGUGAUUUAAAAAGCAAUGAGCUGCAAAUGAUUGAAGAACCAGUGGCAGCGCUCUGCGCUCGACUCCAGAAGUCCAUUGAAAUGCUCCGAUUGCAAGCAACACCUGCAGAGGCAGACUCCGCUAUUCAAACACUCUUUAAGAUUAUCAAGAAUGUGAUAGAGCACCCAAAUGAUAUUAAGUAUAAGAGAUUGCGUAAGUCCAAUCCACAUUUCCAAAGGAGUGUAGCGAACUAUAAAGCUGCCAUGGAGGUUCUUGAAUUGAUCGGCUUCUGCGAGGAUGUUGUCUCAGAUGAGAUUGGGCGUGCAGAGACUUACCUGGUAUUGAAAAGGAACGAUCCUGGAUUGCUAUGGUUGGCAAAGUCCUCUCUUGAAGUCACUCUGGCUUGAUAAAAGUUUAUAUAUACUCCAUCCUUGCUAUUUUCUUUUGUGGAUACACUGGGCAAGAGAACUAGGCAUUGUUAUCAUGUACUGUUUUCUUGUAUAGGCACUGUUGUAUACCUGUAUAUGAACACACAAGAACAGAAUGCUGAUUGCAACUUUUAACUUUCUACUCUUUGUUUUGACUGGA